CCCACCCCUUGAAUUUCUUUGGUGGGUUUGGAGAGAAACUGAGCUUGAAUUCAAUGCAUUUCUGUGUACUGAUUUCGUAAUAAUUCUACAAAAAAUAUAAUAUUAUACCCCCACACACGCCAUCAUUGCCUUUUUGAAAGCAAAGUCCACUCCUUUCUCUCUCUUAUCCUCUUUAUUUUCUCUUCCCUAGAGUGGGUUUAGUUUAGCUUCAGCAUUUUGAGCUGGGUAUUUGAGAUUCUCUCCAUGGAGUCAUACGAAGCAACGAGGAUAGUGUUUUCUCGGAUCCAAAACUUGGACCCGGAAAAUACUUCGAAAAUCAUGGGUUAUCUUCUCAUUCAAGACCAAGGCGAGAAAGAGAUGAUACGUUUAGCUUUGGGACCCGAAGCACUCAUCCACUCUUUGAUCUUCAAGGCCAAAACCCACUUGGGACUCUCCAUUUCGAACCCGCCAACACCUUCCACGCCUUCGUCUCCUUCCCCUUUCUCUUCAAGGCCGAGUCCUUUGUCCAUCCCCGGCAAUGCCUUCGAAAACCCGCCUCUUUCGUAUGCCGGUGUCGUUAAUGGGAGUGCUAGUAUCGUCAACAGCAAUGAACUCGUCGGUGAGUACCAGUUCCAGGACCAUCUCUCAUUCCUCAACGAUUCGAAGCCCGAAGAUUUGUUCUACCCGAGGCUCGAUUUGGCUUCAAUAGCUAGUCCAACCGGUGGUUACACUGAUUCUCCUUUGCACAAGCGGAGUUUCUCGGUUCCAGGGAUGGGUUUAGGAGCUGAAGAUCUGAAUUCUGGGCUUGGGUUCAAGCCUUGUUUGUACUUUGCGAGAGGGUUUUGUAAGAACGGUAGUAGCUGUAGGUUUAUCCAUGGAGAUCAAUCUGCUGAAUCCGUUACUAACAUGAACGAGUUGGAACAGUUCCAAAAGCUGCUUAGAUCGAAAUCUCUACAACAACAGCAACAAAAGCUAGCUGCUUCGGCUUCACUGUUCGUGCCCGGUGCUGCUUCUUUUCCUUACAACAAGAGUGUUAAUUUCCUUCUACAGCAACAACAAAAUGAAACUCAUAGAUCGGCAAUGGCAGCAUUGAUGAUGGGAGAUGAGCUUCACAAAUAUGAGCUGAGCCGACCCGAAAUGGGAUCCAAUCCAGGCUCUAGACAGAUUUAUUUGACAUUUCCUGCUGACAGUACUUUCAAAGAAGAAGAUGUUUCGAAUUACUUCAGCAUUUAUGGACCUGUUCAAGAUGUUAGGAUACCUUACCAGCAAAAGAGAAUGUUUGGGUUUGUUACAUUUAUGUAUCCUGAGACGGUGAAGCUCAUUUUGGCUAAAGGGAACCCACAUUUUGUCUGCGAUUCUCGUGUUCUUGUUAAGCCUUACAAGGAGAAGGGCAAAGUCCAAGAGAAGAAGCAACAACAAUUGGAGAGAGGAGAGUAUUCUGCAUGCUCAAGUCCGACCCCGGUGGAUUCCCGGGAGCCAUUUGAUCUCCAUCUCGGAUCAAGAAUGUUUUACAAUACUCAAGAGAUGUUGCAAAAGAAAUCGGAGGAGCAGGCCGAUUUGCAGCAAGCCAUGGAGCUUCAACGAAGGAGGCUGAUGAACUUGCAGCUGUUGGACUUCAAAAACCAUCACCCGUCUCAAUUCCAUCCUGGUUUGUCCACUGGCUCUCCCAUUCCUUCGCUGACCGUUUCCCGUACUCCCACCAAUCAAGCGCGUGUUUUUCCAUCCGAUGUCUUCGAUCAAGAAACUACCGAAGAUAACAGUGUUAGCCCGAUUGGUGCUGCUCCCAAAUUGACAACUGCUGCCAAUGCGGAUAAGCUGCUUGAGGAAGUUAAUCUGUCGUGUAAUCAUAAAAACGACAAUGAACAUGCUAUUAAUAAGGAGAAAGUCAACACGGAAGAAAACGACUUCCCCGAAAGCUUGGAGCAUAUUCUCCCGGAUAACCUGUUUGCAUCACCUAAGAAAUCGACCGGGGAUAACCUCACCGUCUUCACUACAUCUUUUACCGAGGCCGACAACAAAACCGCGAGUUCGGCCUCAUCUUCUAACGGUAACCCUCAGCUGGCCAACACCUCCGGCCUCAAUAUGGCUUCACUUAAAUCAUGCUUUCUACAACUCCCUAGAUUUUCUUCCGAGCAAGGCGCUGUCGGAAUGUAACCAAGGAGCUGUAGAAGCUCUCAACAUGCCCAGCAAAGGAGGAAAACUUAACUUUGCCAUGAAAGAUAAUACAAGGAAGAAGAAUAUUAUAAGAAAAAAAGAACAAAUAGAGCAAUCCUCUAGCUGUAUAGCCAAAGGCAUACCUAAAAACAAAGAAGAAAAAGAUAUGUAGACAAGAUUGCACCACCACUACCACCGUCGCUGCUGCCGCUGCCGCCGCCACCACCACCACCACCACCACCACCAUGAAAUAAAAAUACAUAAAUGUAUAGGUAAAGGACAGCGGAACUGGUUUAAGGGGAGUGGGGUCUUUCUCUUUGCUUGGACCACACAGCAAAAACAGUUCAAUAUAAA